AUGGUGUGUUCCCCGUACAAGACCCAUGUCGCACACUCUGCACAGCCAACUCCGAUUGCAAAUCUGGCUGGUUAUGCUUGGCCACUGACAAACGAGAAUGCGAUCGCAACAGUUGCUUCGGCUCCGAGAAUGCGUGCCGAUCGGUCACCGGACUCAUCCUGUUGCGGAUCGUGUGACCCGACUGGAAGUUCUCACACCGAUCAUGAUAGAACUGCACCUAGACCCUUGUCCCAUUCCAAUCAUCAGUCCGUACGCACGUCCCUACAUCCACCAAACACAGUUCCACGAACAACGCUGUCGCAUGUGUCCCGCCUUCUUGCACCUCACUGGGGUCCGUUUACAUUUUGUGAUUUGCGUACAGAGCCCAGUCUGCUACAGUCCGGAUUGAAUUGGAUAAAACAGCUAGGGUCCCCCUCAUCACCCGAGAAGAACCGUGAACAACCCCAGCUGGUCCCUGACUGGGAAUGUCUUCGACGUAUUAGUCCACUGUUAACUGCAUGUAAGUGUUGUAUCUAG